AUCGAGAACCUCGUGGACCUCGACUCGUUUACCGAGGGCAGCAUCCUGCACCACGUGCGUAAGCGGUUCCAGGGCGACCUGAUCUACACGCUGGUCGGCAGCAUCCUCGUCGCCGUGAACCCGUUCAAGCGCCUGCCCAUCUACACGCCCGAGCUCAUGGACAGCUACCGCGCGCGCGCGAGCGGCGGCGACCCGCCGCCGCCGCACGUGUUCCUCACGGCCGCGCGGUGCUACGACGCCAUGGUCGACACGAAGCAGUCGCAGUCCGUCCUCAUCUCGGGCGAGUCCGGUGCGGGCAAGACGGAGACGACGAAGUUCGUCCUGGCCUUCGUCGCGCGCGUCGCGGGCCGCGGCGGCGGCGCGGGCGCGGGCAAGUCCGUCGAGGAGCAGAUCCUCCAGAGCAACCCCGUGCUCGAGGCCUACGGCAACGCCAAGACCCUGCGGAACAACAACUCGAGCCGCUUCGGCACGUGGCGGCGCAAGUGGAUGAAAAUAGAAUUCGAGGGCAACUCCAAGAUCCGCGGCUGCAGCAUCACGAACUACCUCCUCGAGAAGUCGCGCGUCGUCUGGCAGUCCAAGGGCGAGCGGUCCUACCACGCCUUCUACCAGCUCUUCAAGGGCGCGAAGGAGCGCGAGGCCUACGGCAUCGGCGCGGACCCCGAGGCCUUCGCCACGCUCACGAAGGGCGGCUGCACGACCGUCGACGCCAUCGACGACGCGCAGGAGUGGGACGACCAGCGCGCGGCGCUCGACAUCCUCGACUUCUCCAAGGACGACCAGCGCGUCGCGCUCGGCGUCGUCGCCGCGACGCUCCACCUCGGCCUCGCGGCCUUCAGCGCCGACGGCGACGGCUCGCGCGUGAGCGACGCGGCGUGCCUCGCCAAGGCCGCGCCGCUGCUCGGCGUCGACGCGGGCAAGCUCGCGGCCGCGUUGACGACGCGGACGGAGCAGAUGGGCCGCGGGUCCAUGGUGACCAUCAAGCUGAGCCCGCCGGCGGCCAAGGACGCCGCCGACGCCCUGGCGAAGGCGCUCUACGGCCGCCUCUUCGAUUGGCUGGUCGUCAAGAUCAACGCGUCGAUCUCGCGCGGCGAGGGCGCGUGCCACGUCGGCGUGCUCGACAUCUUCGGCUUCGAGGUCUUCAAAGUCAACUCCUUCGAGCAGCUCUGCAUCAAUUAUACCAAUGAGAAGCUCCAGCUCUUCUUCAACGACGUCGUCUUCGGCGAGGAGAUGAAGAUGUACGAGUCCGAGGGCGUGCCGCACACGCACAUGGCCUUCGAGGACAACGCGAGGUGCGUCGCGCUGCUCGACGGCAAGCCCGUGAACCUGCUCUCCCUGCUCGACGACGAGUGCUCCGGCGGCGCGUCGGCGAAGGACGCCAAGUACGGCUCCAAGGCCAUCAACACGUUCGCGCAGGGCCCGCACAAGAACGCGUACUUUGGGGGCAAGGACCCGUCGGGCCGGUCCUUCGCCGUGCGCCACUUCGCCGGCGCCGUGACCUACGACACGGCGGGCUUCGUCGAGAAGAACCGCGACACGAUCUCGACGACGCUCUCGACGCUCUGCAUGGAGGCCGCGGUGCCGCUCGUCGCGCGGUUCUUCGCGGAGCCCCCCGCCGCGUCGCCCGCGUCGCCCGCGUCGCCCGGCGGCGGCCGCAAGAAGAAGAAGGGCGCCAAGACCCUGGGCGCCGCCUUCCGCGCCCAGCUCCACGGCCUCAUGGACGCCCUCAAGGCCACGCAGCCCCACUUCGUGCGCUGCGUCAAGUCGAACCCGGGCAAGAAGCGGCGCAAGAAGCCCGACGUCUUCGACGGCGCCCUCUGCCUCCAGCAGCUCAAGUACAGCGGCCUCUUCGAGGCCAUCAAGAUCCGCAAGGCCGGCUACGCCUACCGCGUGCCCCACGCGGUCUUUGCGAAGCGCUACGCGCUCACGGCGCCC